UUUGAAUUAUUAGGCCCUAUAUAAAUUUCGGGAGGGGCUAAAUUUUUCUCUCUCGUCUCGUGGAAGUGUAAGCAAGCAAAACCCUAGCGGCGCCUGCUUUCUUUGUUCGUGUUUUGCAUCAGGAUGGAGUCUCAGGUGAAGCACGCACUUGUUGUCAAAGUUAUGGGUCGUACUGGAUCCAGAGGACAAGUGACCCAGGUUAGAGUGAAGUUUUUGGAUGAUCAGAACCGUCACAUCAUGAGGAAUGUGAAAGGACCUGUGAGAGAAGGAGACAUUCUCACCCUACUCGAGUCUGAAAGGGAAGCAAGAAGAUUGCGCUAGAUGGUCUCUUUUUUUUGGCUUGCCUCCAAAUUCGAACAAAAGCAAUAUUUUUCUUGAUAUUUAUGGUAGUUAGUCGGUGCUAAAGGGGUUAUAGCACCCUAUCUUAUUGUUUUGGAUCUAUUUUCAUUCGAAUUAUUGCUUGAAUUUUGUAUGUUUAAACUUCGAGAUUGAGGUAUGCUUUGGUUUAAUAUAUGAUUUGAAUUAUGGCUUAAAUUUUGGAUUAAUA